UUUACACAUUAGUACUCACUUCCUCACUUGUUGUUUGUUGUAUAGUACUAGUUAAUUUUGUAUUCUCCCACAAGAGACAUGUUAAUUACUCACUCCAAAGAGGCAAUUAGUGUAUAAGCAUGACUCAUCUCUCACUCCCACUUCUACUCUUCCAUUCAAAUGUAGAAUUGAUUCCAAUCCAUCACAACUAAAUCUUGUUUUCGCACCCCCACCACCAAAAUUCAACACCACCCACAUCAUAUUACCAUCAUCAUCCGUAGCUAAUUCUAAGAAAUGGAAGAACAUGGUUUCAUUCUUCCAAGGUUUUUCCACUGGUGGUGGCAAAGGAAGGGAUAUCCAGAGCCUCAAAGUUGAGCUCUAUGAAACAAUUUCACCACUUGACCGUGGCGCAGAGGCUACUCUUGAAGAUCAACAACGUGUGGACAAGAUUGCUUGUAAACUUGAGGCUAUGAAUUGUGUUAAGGAGCCUCUUAACUCUGAUUUGCUCAAUGGAAAAUGGGAGCUUUUAUAUACAACUUCUCAAUCAAUUUUGCAAACACAGAGACCGAAAUUCCUGCGACCAAAUGGAAAGAUCUACCAGGCAAUUAAUGCAGAUACAUUGAGAGCUCAGAAUAUAGAAACUUGGCCCUUCUACAACCAGGCCACUGCCAAUUUACUGCCACUUAACUCAAGAAAGGUGGCUGUCAAGUUUGACUUCUUCAAGAUUGGUAGUCUGAUACCUAUAAAAUCACCCGGGUCUGGUCACGGUCAAUUGGAAAUUACUUAUUUGGAUGAAGAUUUGAGAAUAUCAAGAGGUAAUAGGGGCAACUUGUUUAUCUUGAAAAUGGUAGAUCCAUCCUAUAGAGUCCCUCUUUGAAGUGUGUUCUCCAAGAAUUGCUGCUGAUAGUGGAUGUCUUCGACUUACGCUUUUCCGCAUGAACUUAUAUGCUACCAACAUUCAAGUCAAGAAAUAAAGGUUCACUUUGUGUGUCUAGAAUUUCUGUCCUUUUAUGCUUCCUCUCUAUUAUAUUUAUUUAAACCAAGAUUUUAAAACUUUGGCAUAAGAUGAUAUACUUAUCAUUCAAAAUAAAUGAUAUAUAUCAUUCUCUUCUUAUCCGAAAUUUGAGAGAUGCAAUUAAGAUGCCACAAUCACACAUCAUCAUUUCACACAAAUGACUCAACAAUUAGGCCAUUAGAUACAUUUUUGUAAAUUUCACAGUUGAAGUUACCUCUAAAAUCUUUAGCUUAUAAAUUUCAAUUUCGCAUACACAUUGUCAGCCCAUUGAAUUGUUGUGUAUAGCAAACGCUAUGUUGAUUUUGGUAACUCUGCUUGGCUACAAUGAGCUCUAGUUGGUACUUGUUCCGCUCAACUGGUUUGAACUAAAGGUUAAAAGAUUCAAAUCCUAACGAAAUUAUUGAGCAUAAAUAAAAUAGUAAAAUACUGUAAAUUGAGCAUAAAUACUUAGAAAGUCAAUUAAGUAAAAUCAUGAAACAAAUUAUA